ACGACACUAAAUUUAUGUGUGUAAACCAUCUCUAAAAAGGUGAAAUUUCCUACCGAUUAAAGCCGUUUCCUUUAUUGAAGUUAACAUCGUGCUUGAAACGAAACACAUUGUGAGUCAACCGUCCAAACAACGACGGUAACUUUCACACACAUUUGACAUCAAAGAAAAAUAAAUUGAUUCAUAAACGUAGUAGAAAAGCAUGGCAAGCGCCUCUGUAGUCAAAUCACCCAGUAUUCAUAAAUCGCGAUCAAGGACGAAGCGGUUAACAUCUAUCAACAGGCAAGAUGCUUCUAAGUCUGGUGCAACAUCCAGCAGAUCUCAAGUGCAAGAAACGCGUUUUCCAGAAGACAAAAUCAACUUGCCUUCUGUCGAUGACCCCUCAUACCGAUAUAACCCCGAAGGCGCAUGCGCGGAUCGGCUAGCUGAGCAUCUUGGGGAUACAAUCAUGUCAACAAUAAACGACACGUUUUUCUCACCUAACACUGAAUUAGGGUACACAACUCAGCCUUGUGCUUACAAACCGCAGACGUCUCCAGUUAUGGCAUCAGUGGAUAACACAAAGUUUCCGUCUGAAGAUUACAAGAGAGGCAACUCCUAUACACCUCCAUACGACCUUGUCAUAGAUCCUUCUAUUUUCCUAUUUGAAUUCAACGAGAGCCACGUCACCGAAAAAAAAGAUCACCCAGCUGACCGUGGGGCUACCCGCGUGAAGCCCACAAUGAACUCUCGCACUCAUGGAGCUGCUGACGACACCAAAAGAAAACCUGAAUCCACUAAAAGAAAUCAUGAAUCCACCAAGAGAAUUCCUGAAUCCACCGAGAGAUAUGCUGACUUCACUUGGAGAAGCCCAGCUUUCUGCGAGUCAUUGACCAGCUGUUCUGAUGUGCACCACACGCGGAUCACUGAGUUCUACCCCAGCAGCAAGUCUCGUCACAUCCGCUACAGCCGCGCGCCCUUCAUGGCUUCCUUCUCACACAUCUCCAUCGGGAAAUCCCCAACAGAUAUUGAUAUUUCCCGUAACUCCACCUCGUCGCCGACAGAGACGUGCGGUCAGGCUUCCCGACAACACAAAGCCAAACACCAGGAGCCACAGAUGGACAGGCCGGUCAGAGCCCAGGACACCACGUCCUUCAACAACACGCUCUCAACCAUCCCCGAGACCUUCCCUAGUCUCCUGGAGACCAUCGCUGAAGUCAUGCACCCAGACACAUCUGAUAACGUUUAUGAUACUUCAAUUAAAGCUGCUGACAAACCACACGAAAGGAAAUGUCCGGACCAAUCGCAAGACAGCAAGUUAAGCGUGCCUCGCGCCAACUAUAAAAUAGAGUCUAGAGAGAGCUUAAGCCGCUUCACCAGAAGCUCAAGUAAUAUUCUCGAGUGCGUGGAUCUCAGGAACCAGCAGCCCAACGGACAGGUAUCGGAGGAAGAUGUUAAAGAGAGGGCAGCGACUCAGUUGCCUGAUAUCUCUCUGGUGUAUGUGGACGAGGACACCCCGAACAAGGUCGCCAGCCGCCUGAGCUCAGUCAAGCCCACAACGAUCUCUGACGCCGUCUGGACCAGUUCUGCCACAGACGACGUGAAAAGCCAGGCCAGCUACAUCUUCAAGGCGUUAUCAAACGACGGCUGCAGCCUGAUGAAAACGGCGAGCAAAGAAGACGCCAAGAAAAGCGGGGCAGCGACAAAAAAUGUCACAGAAAAAGAAGAAACGUGCCACGAUAAACCAACAUACUUGAACAUUCCCAAUGCCUACCCAAUAUUUCGCAGCUGCAGCCGAAAGUCCUAUGCUGAAAGUCUGAAAUCGUUACAAAGCUUGAAAGAAAACAUGUUGGAAAGAACAAACACAGUUAGCUACAUUGCCCACUCACCUCCCCUUUUAGAAAGAAAAAUAACGUCUUUUGAUGAAGGCACAUCAGUCGAUUGCCAGCUCCCGAAUGAAUGCAAGGUGCUGAGCAAUGUUGACCCUUCUGUGGAGUCAUUGACCAUGAUCAGCCUGACCUCAUCCUACCCAUAUGACCCGACAGAGAGGAGAGUCGCCUUGUAUGAGAAGUCAUGUGACGUGGGGGAGCUUUGCCUGAGUGGCACCUCCAGCAGCUGUUCCGAGAACAACGAGCAGGUGGAGAUGUACAGCUACAGGGCGGACAAGUCCCCGGGCAGCCCGCCAGACGAGAAUUAUUGGAGCUCAAAGCCGCGCUACAGGCGGCACUCGACCUGCUCGGUGCUGAGAGGCUACAGCAACAACAAGCUGGGCAACCUGCUGGCCAACAGCCGCAAGUACAGGACGCAGCACGCCAACGAGAUGAACCAGAUUCUCGCAGUCCCCGAGUCACGCGCCAUCAAGUCCGCCUCCUGCCCGUUCCGCCCCAUUACCUACCCUGAGUUGGGCGUGCAGGGCAGAGAACAGUCUAGAAUAGAGCGUCUGCUGAGGAUCCUUGCCGGACACAGCGGCUGGUACCCCAACGUCAUCUCGUGGCUCCACACGCUCUUCACCAGCUUGUCACGUGUCACUUUAGUUUCAAAUUCAGAUGACCACCAGAUGACCACCGGUCCCCCACAGUGCGUGGGGCCCAAGUUAAAAAUAACCGAACCCCGUGCUGCUAGUGACAAUUUUGAAUUAUCCGCGCGUCUAACAAACAACACGUUUGAAAGCUUCGCCAUUCAAAGUGUCCACUCCAAACAGAAGCGGGCGAGUCAACGGAGCAGCUUGCUGAGUUUCACAGGCUCGACCCUCAGGUUGGCCGAACUACCCGCGCCACCCGUGGAGCUGACUAAGUGUCUCGUCUGCCCAGAGGACGACAAUGACGGCACGGCACCCUGUAAGCUAAGAAUGUGGGAGCCGGAAAGAUCGCCUGCAAAAUUGAAUGAAAAAACGCCGCCAUUCAUGAAAGCGAGGAGCGCGUCAUCAUUGAAAACGAGCGAGUCCAGUAACAGUGUCAGGCGUAGACUAAGCCCUCGACACACCCAGGAGAAGCCGCCCAAGAACCAUCAGCCUGUUCGUCAAGAGAACACGGUUGUCCCAACAAACAGCCCUAAGUCUUACAGAGUUAGGUCCUCGCAAAGACGUCGAGAGGAAGCGCUUGAGUUUGCCAGUACCUCCUACUCCAUCAUUAGCUUGGUGGACUCGCGAGACGCCGUGUCUACCCGUGUGGUCACCAGCUUCAACAGCGACGGCAGAGCCCGUCGGUCCAACUCAAACCUGACAUCCCCCUCCACUCAUAGAUUCAGCGACAACAGAAGCUCGCCAAGAUUCAAAACCAACGUCAGCACAACUCCAUCUAAGGACCGAGCCAGCGACAGCACAACUUCGCUGCGAAACUCGGCGAGCACCAGAAGACCGCCGACCAUCGCUGAGGCAGUGAUAGAAGAAGAUGCGCAGGCGGGCUGCUCGCGGCAUGACGUUGUCAGCGAAAACAACGAGGGACAACUCGUCAGUGGCGCGACAGCGGAAAGUAUUCCCUGUGUCGUUUUCCCCAAUGACAGUUACGGCGACGACGGGGUGUUGAAUAUGUUUCUCCCUGACGCCCUGUCGCGGGCGUUAAACUUGGCCGGCACGACGCUACUUUCUCAAAUGGAGAAUAUUAAAGAGAAGAAUUCCAGCAUGAAAGUCCAAUUUCCACAAAAGCGAGGAUUUUAUGAACCCCCCAAGGCAUAUCCAAUCUGGCUGCAUCCAGAACACAUCCAAAAGCUCUUGAGACUGCUGGGGAGCACAGAGCCGCCCCCGCCGCCGUCUGACGAGAGCCAAGCGCCGUCGGUGACCAAAGAGGACUCCAUCUGCAGCCACGAGAGCAAGGAGGAGGAGUUGUCGUGCCCCCAGCAAACAGUCUCUGAACCCGCGCCUGCCCCGGAGCCUGUCUACAUCCCUCGGACAGUGGACAACUUUAGGGAGCUGCGGUUGUGUUACCCGCCCAUCCCGCUUCCACAGACGUUCAAGACUAAAUAUAAACCAAAGUCCAGCGGCUUAAAGCGCAUAUGUAAGCAAAAAUCCAACAGGUCCGCCAAAAAUCGCAGUCAGACAGAAGCGUUUUCCCACUCACCCCCACUCCGACCGGGAUCGUUUUUUGGCAUGUGCAGGAGCAGCCUGGGCAGCCAGAACUCCAUCCAGUCUCCCCCCAUCUCACACCAGAUGAGGAAACCGCCUUCGUGCUCCCCGCGGGUCGGUCGUGUGCCGUCGUGUCCCAGCCCCGAGCCCCGCCCCAAGAAACAAGAUGUCUGGGCGGACAGCGAGUUACGCAGGAAGUCGUGCAUGCUCAGUGAAAAAGGGGAUCGAUAUUACAUGAAUAAAUUGUUCAGAAAGAAGCUGACGGCAAAAAAUUUAAUAAAAGAUGUGAAGAAAGGCACCGGUACUAAGCAUGUUGGAGGACAGAAAGAGGUUGUUAUCUCUUUAAAAGAUUCCCAGGAUCAGUCAUCGAAAACUAGCGUGACAAAGGUAGAAGAGAAUCAAAGCAAAAACAAAACUCCCGUCAGCCGAAGCCAAGCAAUGCCCAAACACCAACACUCGGGGCACACUUGUUCACCAGAGCAGACGUCGAGUAAAGCCAAGAACGACAGCCUUCGCUUCUCUGAAAAAUCCGGCGCGGACUCGAAUCCAACAGAUGACUCGACGCACAGCGACGAGCCAAGGCUCUGGGGGAACGUGUGCCCUCUGCUGACGUGUCCGUGCGGCACCAACACUCACGUCCGCUGCAACUGUCCCAACAACUUCAAUUUACACCGACAAAAAACCUAUCCCACCAGCACAAUUAAAAAUGAACAAUUUACCGAAGUUCGCAAGAUGCCCGUUUCCGCAUCCUUGAGGUAUCCGGAUUUAUAUCCAUUAAAAUCCAAACUUCGAAUAGAACGAACCAUUUCCAGUGCAAACCGAAUGAUUCCGUACCUGAACGAUUCUGUGAGAAGUUCCAGAUUCUCGCGUCGCGUGUAUCCAGGCAGCUUCGAGUACUCCAGCCCGACGUUCCGAAGCACGCUGACCUCUUACCGUCACGCCGGCUACUCGCCCUACACCUGGAGAAACACCAACUUCAGCAAAAAUGUCGACAACUACCUUCACAGCUCUAGCCUGCACAACAACGAUUACAUUUCUCGCAUCGGCGGCAGUGGCGACUACUCGUCCAAUCACUACAGCACCACCCCCAGCUCCCUGGGGUACAACGCCAGAACCAGCAUAAACCGGAUGCUGGCAGCCAGGUGUGUGGACACACGCCACACGUUCCCCUCCACGGGGAGCGGCUCAGGUCUGCCGCUGUGCUGUGCUAUGGUGAAGCGGGAAAACGGGGAGGAGCUGAGCUACAAGCUGCCGGAGAGGGAUCCCGUACACGACGCCUUCGUCUACGACUACAGCAGAGAUCCGGGCGCGAACCAACAUCUGGUUACAUCAUGGUUGUUGACUUAAAAUCAUCUUUAAUUAGAACAUCAUCGCGCUCGUUGACAAAUAUCAUUUUAAACAUCCAGCAAGAAAUAAAAUAUCUCCA